CCACCGGUUCGGUUUACAAAAAAACUGCAUGGUUCGGUUAACCGAACUGUACACCCCUAGCCGUCGUAUGUCUAGUCUCUCCGGUCUCCGCUUCUCUUUGUCUUCGUAAGUAGGAGUAAGAAGACCUAAUUGCCCUUCUUUUCUGUGGAGAAUAUACCGUCGCGGCGCUGCAACUUGGAGUGCCUUGGAAUGGAAUCGUUUGAGCUCUAGACCUUUUUCAGCAGACAGCGGCAACUCUCCAGGAAAGUUUGAAUCCUAUUCUAUUCUCCCGAGCCCCGAAUGUAAUCCAACUUCAAUUUGUAGGACGGACAAUUUUUUUUUUUAUACAGCAUCGAGCGUUGCCCCUGGAGUUGGUAAUUCAAGUUAAGGAAAGCCAUCCAUCUGGAAACAAAUAAAGAAGAUCAAUUGAUUCGUACAAGUAAAUCCAUCUCUACUGAGUUUGGAGGAACUGAAAAUGGGUUUCUCGAUGGUUGGUUUUAUGGGUUCUCAUGGUUUACUCAGCAACACUCAUCAGAGGAUGGUAAACUUCCAUUUUGGAAAUGGGAGGCAGGUCCAGACAUUAAAACUCAAUUCUUCUUAUUGGUCGAUUCCGUCAGGAAGAGUUUUACUAUGCAAGCGUCAACCUAUUGACUUUGAGGACAGAACAAGCCCCGAUGAGGUGAGAAUGGAGAUAAAAAGAUGCUAUGAACUCAUACAAAAGCUUGGGAGAGGAGCUGUAUAUCUGGGUUCGUCAAGAUUGGGGCAAGAUCAUCCACAUUACAUGCAAGCAUUGGAGCUGGCAAGAGAGAUAGCAAACCUUCUGGAUUGCACCUCAUGGACAGGAGCUGGUCCUGGGCUCAUGGAUGCUGUUACUAAAGGUGUUCUCCAAGCAGGAAAGCCAGUUGGUGGAUUUAAGAUAGGCAAAGAAGCUAAUCAAUGGACAUCCACAAACAUUCAUCCUUACCUCCCGUCUGACACUUAUUUUACUUGCAGGUUUUUUUCUUCAAGGAAACAUGGGCUGGUAGACGCUGCUGUGCGGGGUACUGUUUCAGAUCGGACUGCUGUAGUCGUUCUUCCUGGUGGGAUUGGUACACUUGAUGAAGUGUUUGAGAUUCUAACCUUGAUUCAGCUAAACAGGAUUGGCUCAGAGCUUCCAGUUCCCUUCAUAUUGAUGAACUAUGAUUCUUUUUAUUCCAAGUUAUUGGGCUUUCUCGAUGAUUGCGAGGACUGGGGUACUGUCUCUAAGGGAGAGGUUGCGUCACUUUGGAAGGUCUGCAAUGAAAACUCUGAAGCUCUGGAUUACUUGGCAGAGUUCUAUAAUUUUCGGAGUGAAGAAAAGCUUGAAGUUGGGUUGGGAGGCAAGCAUGGAAGUGUCUUGAGGGUUGAGAGCUGGGAGGGGAGCGCCCCAGAACUUGGUUUGGCAAGAGAUUUUCCAGAAACAUCACUUCUGUUUGAAUGACCCUCAGAAACAUCACUUCUACCCUACCCGAUGGGUACCUGCCCAUACCCUCCCUGAUGGGGUAGGUUUUUUUUUGCUUGAAGGAUGGGUUUUGGGAUUCUACAACCCAUACAGGUACCGUAGUAGGCUAAACCCAGCCCUAUUCGACCUGCAUAUUGUUGGAAAGCAUAUAAACUUUAUG